CUUAAAUCCUAGUUUACUGGUUCCCUUUUCAAUGUCAAUGCAGUCUGCGGUAUAUUAGAGUGAGCUCGUGUUUGUACACAAUGACUUCUCCACGGAAAGGGGGGCAACUCUAGUGAAAGAUGGCGCGAAAAUGGGCUUGAAUUGCUGAGUUUCGAGAAUUUGACUGAAACUAAAAUGCGAGGAUUUGUCAUUCAUAAACGGUUUCUGCAUUUAUACGCAGGAUGCAAGAGGAAGGUAAUCAUCAAAUCUGGUGAUGACAUCACAGACUUCUCUGUAUGUAGCCGACACGCAUCAUCUGUGUGGCGGGUUCUGGUACUGACUCAAACUCACAAGGUCUAUCUCAUAGAUGUACCUGACACUGACACACCCUCAGAGGACAUAAGUGAUGAGGAAAAGCCCAAAGAAGGAAACCAAACCAUAUUUUCAGAACUUCUCGACAAGGAAGAAGAUGAAGAAAUUACCAUUGUCCCCAUCUGUGACAGUGUGAUCCACCUCGACUCGGAACACCUAAUUCUGCAAAGUGACUCUCCAAUCAAAUGUAUUGAAGUUGUGCGGAGUCUCCUAUUGACAUUAUCAACAGAGCCGGUAAGAAAAGUCAAGGUUUAUGAGCUGGAUAGCUUUCAAAACCAUGACCAAAGCAACAACAAUCCAACGCUUGAAAUAAAGUGUCCAACAUUACAAUUUGAUUCACAAGCAGACAAGCUGGGACUCCAUGUGCUUGUAUGCAGUGGUGAAGAUCAGGAUAAAUGGAUGUCUACAGAUGUCAUACAGUUGCAUCAGAUAUUAUUCACAGCCUUGUUCAAAACAGAAGCGGCUCUACUUCAUUCACCAAUAAUCCUGUUCACAUUAAAUGGCUGUGUCUUUUGCCAUCAGAUGAAGACGCUUUUGUCAGGAGAGUUAUGGGAAAUUCUGUGUGAUAUUGAAGGAUCAGUUGAAAGCAUUACAAAAUUGCAAGUUAAACCAAAAGAUGAUGGGAGUGAUCUCCCCUUUACGGCUCUUCAGCCUCAGGGUUCAAAAUGUUUCGAAGGACUUUUGGUCUGUUCCUCGACUGGGAAGACAGUUUUGGUACACAUUAAACAACCUGAUGGUGGUGUUUUGUAUGAUAUUAUUUCCCUUCCUGGCCCUGUUGUGUGUUGCGAUGCAUUUGAGUCUAUGGUCUAUCACAGUACUGGGAAACAGAUCUACAAGCAUGUUUUCACCAGGUGCAACAAUCCACCAAAGGGAGGUAACUCAGUGGACCUUGAGUCUGAGUUACUUCAUCAGACGUUUGUGAAUGGACUUGUAGUUGAUGGAGAGAGUCUGGAUGCAUCAGGCAUCAAGUUGGUGUGUCAGAGUGCCCUUGGUGAUAUUCUGGUGCUUCAAGGUCAGUCAGACUCUGAGAGUAAAUCUCUGGCCCACUCGACUCAUUCCUUCGAAGAACUCCUGAUGGGGCUGGACACAACCAACAAGAGACACGCAGAGAUAUUCCAACAGCAGAAACAGCUGAACGACUUGAUACACCAACUCAGCAUUGCCGGACACCUGAUAACUAACUAUUCUCUCCAAGCAGAAACUUCAACCAAAGGUGAUGACGACCAUCCAGUUUCCUGCUCUUGCAGUGUUACAGCAACUAGACAUGGUUACAAGGUGGACUAUGCCCUCAUCUGUAGGCUGACCAAUCACAGCCCCAUUUCACUGUCAUGUGACUGGAGUUUGAUGGUCGUCAUGGUUACAAAGGACCAAUCACAUACAGAGAGUAGGUCACAUGGCAUGGCUUUGUCACAUGGGUUAAAGUCAGGGUCAUGUUUGGAAAUGAGAGUUCCAAUGGAUUUAAAAUGUGUGUCAUCUUUAUACUGCGAUGUUAAAGUGUAUCUUGUGUUAUAUUCCGAGUUGCUAGGAGACCAGAUGUCAUUCAAGCUGAAUGCCCCAGUUCCAAAGACAUCAAGUUUAGGUCUCCCUGCCCUUUUGAAAACUCAGAGACUUGAUGUUUUGUAUUACCUACGAGAACCAAUCACAGAAGUUGUUAACUCCACACAGUCCUUGGGCAAGAAACCUCUUUCUUCAUUGGUCAGGCAGCAGCCAAUGAGAAAACAAAGGCAUGAAGAAGAAGUUUCAAGUGCAAGACUGAUGCUAACGACAGAAAUUAGCAUUGGAAGGGUCAAGUUGCCCCCUGACUUUGAGGCAAGUUGCAAGGAAGGCGACAAUACAUGUGUCAGACUGUUGAAGUAUUUGCUGAUGGACUCGCAAAUAAAUAUUGAAGCUCUCAAAAAAUCGCAGCUGCAGUUAGUUGAUCCAUGUGGGCAUGUGAUCAGUGUAUCCAUGGCAAUUGAUCCUCAGAAGAGUGAGAGACUGUCUGUACAGCUCAGCUGUAACCGGGUGGAGGUCUUGGCCCGAUGUCGAGCCGCCAUUGUUCACAGGAUUCAGACAGUCCGCUGUCCGGAUGACACGGAUCUGCGUGUGCAGGAUCUCCGACAGUACCUCACCAAGCUGGAGAGCAUGAAAGAAGAGAUCAGUGGCUUGGAAGAACACGUGGGUCGUGACCUUGAGUCUCCCAACACCAUCAGGAACUCCUUGUCUUCUGUAUAUGAAAAACUGAGGAAGAUACAAUUAUAAACAGACUGGGGUCAAGCGUCAUUCAUAUCCAUCAGGAUCUUUUUGUCUUCUGUAUAUGAAAAACUGAGGAAGAUUCAAUUAUAAACAGACUGGGGUCAAGCGUCAUUCACAUCCAUCAGGAUCUUUUUGUCUUCUGUGGAUGAAAAAAAGAUGGACCAAUAGAUUCUUAUUCUUGUUUCUUAUUUUUUAUAAGGCAUUUAAGUGUUGAAUAUUUCGAACAUCUUUUCUUAAAUCCUUGAUUGCUCAAAUUAGGAUUGUUGAUUCAUUCAACACAACACAUAAGUUUGGGUUUUGACCAAGUGAUAAGACCCGUGAAGAUCCGGGGUAGAAUAGGUCUUCAGCAACCCAUGCUUGUCAUAAAAGGCGACUAUGCUUGUCAUAAGAGGCAACUAACAGGAUCAGGUGGUCAGGCUCGCUGCCUUGGUUGAUGCAUGUCAUUGAUCCCAAUUGCGUGGAUCGAUGUUCAUAAUGUCAGUCACUGGAUUGUCUGGUCCAGACUCCAUUAUUUACAGACUGUCGUCAUAGAUCCAAAACUGCAGAGUGCGGAGUUAAACAACAAACAAACAAACAAACCAAGUGGUAAAUGUCAAAUUAGUGAUAGGCAGGAAGCUUGAUCCAUCAUGAUAUCACAGUAAUACUUUUCAAAGCCACAUACGCUUAACUCCCUCACUACCUACUCAUUUGAUUGUCUGGUGGAAACUCAUCUAUUUGUGGCUUUAAACAAGAGUGAGUAUGGUUUGAAGCCGCUUUUAGCAAUAUUCCAGCAACAUCACGGCGGGGGACAACAGAAAUGGGCUUCACACAUUGUACCCAUGUUGAGAAUCAAACCCAGGUCUUCAGUGUGACGAGCGAACGCUUUAACAACUAGGCUACCCGAGUCCCCUGUUAAACACAAAGCAAAAUUACCUACCUGUGAUAACUGAUAGAUUUAUCUGACUAGUACUUGGGGUAUAAUCUUGUUUCUUUCCAUUUGUUUGUUUGUUGUUUAUCGCCGCACUCAGCAGUAUUCCAGCUAUAUGACAGCGGUCUGUAAAAUAAUCAAGUCUGGCCCAGACAAUCCAGUGAUUGACUUCAUUGAGCAUCAACCACUCAAUUGGGAUCGAUGACAUGUGUUUCUUUCCAUGUUGGGUGGAGCAAGAUAAUUCAGAAAACAUGUAUUUGAUACUAAAGGCCAUAUGUUCAAUAUGUCAAUAAAAUUGUUGUAUCAUAACUCAC